AUGCAUUCGAUAGUUCAGGUACGAGAAUCGGGUACGCAUGUAGAUCUGUAUAAGCAUAGUGAAGAAGAUGUCGCUACGGAGGAAACUAUAUCUCGCGUUGCUGUUAAAUUUACAUUCAGUAACCCAAAGAAAACUUUUAGGAAGAGAAGCAGGGAAUCGGAAAAAGCCGAUGACAGUGUUUUGCGGAAGCGUGAGAUAACGAGCUUAAGGAUAGCCUCGAGACGAGAGUAUCUGAAGAAGAGGGAGAAGAAGAAGGUGGAGGAGUUAAAGGACGAGAUAGAUUUUGAGCUUUCACGGUUUGAUGGUGUGAAGCUCACGGAGGAAGAAGAAAUCGAGUUGAGAUUCAAGAAAGAAUUGUAUGAUCUGUUGAAGAAAACAGAGGAUGAUGAUGAUAAUGUUUCCAGUGGUUAUUAUAGAAUCCCGGAUGCUUAUGAUCGAGAAGGUGUUAUUGAUCAGAAGAAGAGAUUUGCUGCGGCGACGCGGCGAGAUAGUGAGAGCAAGAGAGGCAAGAAGACGGAGCAAGAAGCUUGGGAGGAUCAUCAGGCUGAGAAAGCAACAGUGAGGUUUGGUGCAAAGAACAAGAAGCAAGCGACUGAUGGGUAUGAGUUUGUGUUUGGCGACUAUGUUGAGACAUCUAGUGAGAUGGAAACUGAGGAACAACGAGGUUGUGACUCGAGAACAGUUGCGGAAAAGGCCAAGGAAGGUAGGAAAUUUCUUCCGAUAUAUGCAUAUAGAGAUGAAUUGCUGGAACUCAUUGAAGAGAAUCAGGUUCUUGUGAUAGUUGGAGAGACGGGAUCGGGUAAGACGACGCAGAUACCGCAGUAUCUUCAAGAAGUCGGUUACACGAAGCGUGGGAAGAUCGGUUGCACACAGCCUCGGAGAGUUGCUGCAAUGAGCGUUGCUUCUCGAGUGGCUCAAGAACUUGGUGUAAAACUCGGUCAUGAGGUUGGAUAUUCCAUCAGAUUCGAGGACUGUACUUCGGAGAAAACAGUGAUCAAGUACAUGACUGAUGGGAUGCUGUUGCGAGAGCUGCUCAUAGAACCGAAACUCGAUAGCUACAGUGUCAUCAUGAUUGAUGAGGCUCACGAAAGGACGCUGUGCACUGAUAUCCUGUUUGGGUUAGUGAAGGAUUUAGCAAUGGUAAGGCCUGAUCUGAGGCUGAUAAUCUCCAGUGCAACGCUUGAAGCUCAAAAGUUCUCUGAGUAUUUUGACUCUGCUCUUAUUUACAUGAUUCCGGGAAGAAGAUAUCCAGUUGAGAAGCUCUUCAGCAAAUGGCCUGAACCUGACCGGUUGGAGACAGCGGUGCGCACUGUGUUUCAGAUCCAUCAGACUGAGCCACUUGGAGACAUUUUGGUGUUCCUCACCGGUCAAGAAGAAAUUGAAACAGCAGAAACGAAGCUGAAGCUGAGGAUGAUUGAUAUGGGUACAAAGAGCUCUGAGAUCAUUAUCUGUCCUAUCUACUCAAAUCUUCCGACUGAACUACAGGCAAAAGUGUUUGAACCGGCGCCGAAAGGGACGCGGAAAGUUGUCCUGGCGACGAACAUCGCAGAAACGUCGCUAACCAUUGAUGGAAUCCGGUACGUGGUUGAUCCUGGGUACUGCAAGAUCAACUCGUACAACCCAAGAACUGGAAUGGAGUCACUUCUUGAAACUCCAAUCUCCAAGGCUUCCGCAGAGCAACGAGCUGGUCGGUCUGGAAGAACGGGUCCGGGGAAGUGUUUCAGGCUGUACAACGUCAAGGACUUGAACGCCACCACAACACCGGAAGUCCAAAGAGCUAACCUCGCAAGUGUGGUGCUUACUCUGAAAAGUCUUGGGAUUCAAGAUGUGUUCACUUUUGAUUUCAUGGAUCCUCCACCUGAAGACGCUCUUUAUAAGGCUCUGGAGUUGCUAUAUGCUCUGGGUGCUUUGGAUGGAAAGAGUGAGAUUACUAAGCUAGGAGAAAGAAUGGUGGAGUUUCCGGUUGAUCCAAUGCUCUCGAAGAUGAUUGUUGGUUCGGAAAAGUACAAGUGCUCUGAAGAGAUAAUCACCAUAGCCGCCAUGUUGUCUACAGGGAACUCCAUCUUCUAUCGGCCUAAGAAGCAGCAGUAUAUUGCAGACAGUGCCCGGAUGAUUUUCUACACAGAGAACGUCGGCGACCACAUUGCGUUGUUAAGGGUUUACAACUCAUGGAAGGAAACAAACUACUCGAGUCAAUGGUGCUACGAGAACUUUAUCCAGAGCAAGAGUAUGAGAAGAGCUAGAGACAUACGUGAACAGCUAGCUGGGCUUGUGAGGAAGAUUGGAGUUGAGCUUACUUCAAACCCGAACGAUCUUGACGCGAUCAAGAAGGCGAUCCUUGCGGGGUUCUUCCCUCAUACUGCAAAGUUGCAGAAGGACGAGUCGUACAGGAGAGUGAAAGAGCCUCAGACGGUUUACGUGCAUCCUAGCUCGGGCUUGUUCGGGGAGUCCCUUAGCAAGUGGCUGGUGUAUCAUGAACUAGUUCUUACUAGCAGGGAGUAUAUGAGGCAUGUGACCGAGAUGAAGCCCGAGUGGCUAGUUGAAAUAGCUCCUCAUUACUACGAGCUUAAAGACAUUGAAGAGACUCGGCCGAAGAAGACACAUAGGAGCAGCAGAAGUUCCACCAUAUCAAAGGUCGAUACUAAGAAGAAACCAAAGAGCCAAAGAGGUAACAAAAACAAAACUUAG